UUAGGUUGGUUUUUUUUUUCUUUUCUUUUAAACCACAUCCUACAGUUGUACAUUCAGCUGGAAAAUUCCACUGUACUGCUUUUGUAACUGUAAUUGGCAUUCAGCCAACAAUUACUUAACUACGGCUUGUUUGUCUUUGUGAGCCUUCCCUUCCUUUGCUUUGGGGUUCAAAAGAUGGAGAGAAAGUGGGAUUACUGUGAAAGAAGAGCCAGGCUGUGGGUAAUAGUGGGCAGAGCCCAGGGAGCUGCUCAAGUGAUGGAGUAACUGAGAUGUGCUGCUGCUGCUGCUGUGAGAGUCUCUUAUCCACAGAUGAUCAGAGAAAUGUGGCUUUUCCAGGCUUUCAGUUCUGGGGAAGAAGGGAGAAACAGAGUAAAAACAUCCUGAGAUGUGAGAAGGGCACGUGCUGCGCAGAGAUUGAGUAAAACCAUGUCGCACUGCAGUCACUGAUUCCAGCGCUCUUUGAGAUGGACCGUGCAGCUCUCCUUAUUGUUGUUCUCCAGCUUUGUGGAACCAACGUGGAAGGAAAGUUUGUGGAUUCAACUGUAAAACUUACCGAGAAGGUGAAACUGGAAUGCAUAUAUCCAGAAAAAGCCACGAUAAUCCAGACAUCCUGGAUGAAACUUAAUGCAACUCAUAAAGAAAAUAUAGCUGUCUUGCAUCCAAUCUAUGGCAUACAUAUUGAAGACAAAUACAAUGGAAGAAUUUAUUUUGAAAAUGCUUCCAGGGAAGACAAGUCCUUAUCCUUCAUCAAGAGCACUUUGGAGGAUGUUGGUCUUUACUUUUGCUCCAUUGUAACUUACCCAGAUGGAAUUUGGGAAAAGGUAAUAGAAAUUAUUCAGCCAGAUGCUUUUGAAGUAUCUGAGAAACGAAACAAUCACAUGUUUACCAAGCCAGGAGGAACUGUCACUUUUACUUGUCCUUAUAAAAUUGGAGAUUCAGUGCAGCAAGUGAUGUGGGAAAGGAUUAAAGCAGAUCAGGUAGAUACCAUUGUUCUGUGCAACUCGUCAGGAAAGCACAGCUUUGGUUCAGAUUUCAAAGAGCGUACACUGGUGGAUUGCUCUGAUCAGGCAAACUCCAUGAUUGUCAUUCAAAACAUUACCGCCUCUGACUUUGCAACGUACCGCUGCGUGGCUACUGGAAGAAACAAAACCUAUGUGAUGAGUUUUACUGUGGCUGAAGCUUGGGAUCGCAAAUGGUUUAUUAUGUACAUAGCUGGAGGAACUGCUGCUGCUGUCUUAUUGUUAAUUUGUUCACUGAUCUUCUGUAUCACCGCUGCUUAUUGCAAAAAAAAGCAGAGGAAGGGGAUCACAGAGGCCUUAUCAAACCAUUUGUACUCAGACCCAGGCCUGAAGUUCAGAAGUGGAAAGACAGGAGCCAAUCUCACUGCUUCUGCCUUGUCUCUUGAUACCCUAAGUCGGGGCAUGAAGACUGCUAACAGUUAUGGAAGAUACAAUUUUCACGGCACACAGAACACAGGAAAAGGAGAAGAAUCAUCACUUGGUCAGACAGAGGAGAUUUACAGCAACUUGAAAAAUAUCUGACACAAACCUGACAAAAGACCAUUAGGUUCCUUCUUAAGAAUGAAGUAACCAAAGCACAGGCCUUAUAUUUGCAGCUUAGACUUUUUUUCUUUGCGCCGGUGAGAUGUCGAAGGUCAAACUGGCUGUGCAGAGCACUGCCUGGGUGGCUUUGGCUGGACAGCCAGCCUGAUGUGUCUGUGUUGUAUUGCAGUCUGCAGCAUUAACAUAUUUUUUGAUUCAUAUGUAAAAUUAAAGAAUAUUUGUACUUCUGCAAUUUAAACAUUUUUACCCAGUAGCUGCACUCUUAAGUAAGAAUUUUAGAACAGCUCUGACAUGCAGAAUGGAGCUGCAUAUGCUUACAUAAAGUUAAUUUGGUCUGAGAAAGCUAUAUGUGUGAGAAGCCUAUAUGACAGGGUGAGAAAGAAAAUGUGCUCGAUGUUGUCUACGUCCAUGAUUUUUGCAUCUCAAAUUGAGAGCUCUAUAGAAUAAUAAAUAUCCAUGAUUUUCCACACAGGAGGUGUUAUUUUGCUGCUGGGCAAACAGUACUAUUCAGCUGACAAAAACAAAUAUAUCAGGGAUCCUUGAACCUAGAUUUAAAAGUAUGAAGAGAAGCUUGCUAUCUGACAGCUGGGUGGUUUUACAGGCUUCUUGCCACUCACAACAGUUAUUUCAGCGCUUUCUGUCUGGGGAUGGAAUAGAAGUGUGGCCCCUGCUCUACUCCCUCCCUCCUUACCUCCCCAACCCCUCACCCCAUGCCCAGGAGAAAAUAAAACAUGAAGACUCUGUCACUGUCAGGUUAUAUUUAAUAAUAAUUUAUUAUAAGGUUUAGUUGCACAAAAAAUAAAUGAGAACAUGGAAGAUACAUGAAUAAAUGAUGCAAAGCAGAAAAAAGCGUGAUUCAGAACAUUUACAAAACAAUACACAUACAUAUGUAGUUGUAUGUGUGCAUAUGUAUAUAUUCUGCUGAAACCUACAGAAGAAACCACACAGAAAUUGAACAAACAGACAAAAAAAAAAAAAAAUCCUUAAACAAACAGAACUAGAAGGCAGACCUGAGAAUUAGGAUCUACGCAUCUUUUGGCCUUUUACAAAUCUGCUGUAUUACUGAGGACGAAAUCCCAGUAGAUGAAGGUGUUACCAUGAUGGCUGAUAAUCAUAUAAGUCUGCAUACUACAAACCGUGUGCCUGGCCCACCUAUGCUUGAUUCCCCUUUUCUCUGGAAGCGUUAGUAAAGGUGUUGCUGAAUAUGUUGGGGCUUUUUUUGAAAGGGGUUGGGAGAGAGGCAUUGUGAGCCUGCCUACCGAUCAGUUACUGGUUCCACUUGGCUGGAUAGAAAGGAGCGCCAACAGCCUGACAGUAAAAAGCACAU